AUGGCGUGCGCCGAGCGCUGCCGCUGCUGCGCGGCGAGCAGGCGGCGCAGUAGCAUCCUUUACAGCAUCCUCAGGAGUGAGGAGCGGGCGGCGUCGCCGGCGGGGCAGGGGCCGAGGCGGGGACAGGCGUCCCGCGGCUGCCCGUGCGGGUCGCGGCGGCGGGUGGCCCUGCGGAGCCCGCAGGUAGUGUGCAAGGCGGCCUCGGCCGUCCUGGUGAAGACGCUGCGCUUCGUUCAGAACGUCCCCUGCUUCCAGGAGCUGCCCCUGGAGGAGCAGCUCCUGCUGGUGCGCAGCUGCUGGGCACCGCUGCUGGUGCUGGGUCUGGCGCAGGACCGGGUGCACUUGGAGACAGUGGAGAGUGCGGAACCCAGCAUGCUGCAGAGGAUUCUCACCACCCGCCGGCUGGGCGACCAGCCCACGCCGCGACCUCCGGCAUCGGCACCGGCGCCGGGCCGCCCGCAACACGGCCUCGGCGGCGGCCCGCACCUGCCCUCAGCCGGCGAGAUUCAGGCCAUUAAGGGCUUCCUGGCCAAGUGCUGGAGCCUUGAUAUCAGCACCAAAGAGUACGCUUACCUCAAGGGGACAGUGCUCUUCAACCCAGACCUACCUGGAUUGCAGUGUACACAGUAUAUUGAAGGACUGCAGAGGGAAGCCCAACAAGCUCUUAAUGAACAUGUCAGACUCAUUCACAGAGGUGAUCAAGCCAGAUUUGCCAAGCUGAAUGUUGUUCUGUCCUUGUUAAGAUCUAUUAAUGCUAAUGUGAUUGCCGAACUGUUCUUUAGGCCCAUCAUUGGAGCAGUGAACAUGGAUGACAUGCUUUUGGAAAUGCUUUGUGCAAAACUAUAAAAGCAUGUAAAAUAAUGAAAAGAAACCCAAUGCAAAAGAAGCCCUAG